UUCAAGAUGGAGUCUGCGCCUUAUUUUGUAGCUUUCCACCUACAGUAAUCAUAAUAUGGCAAAUUAUAUCAGUGAUUUUUAAAGUUCUGAGUUUGAGAAGUUCAUUCUUUCUUUGCUUCUCGUCAAUCUGUUUGGGAUUUGAAUAUAGGUAUUUGAUGAAAAGAGAGGUUAUUUGCUAAAAAUCUUGUCUACUGAAACAUCCAGCUAGGUAGCGAUCGGUUAAGUGGUUGGAAUGUUCAUAAACGUUCUAUUAAUUCGGAGAUCGAUAUGACGUUGAGAGAGUUAAAGGUUUGCCUUCUUGGGGACACUGGGGUUGGAAAGUCAAGCAUUGUUUGGAGGUUUGUGGAGGACAACUUUGACCCUAACAUUAAUCCAACUAUUGGGGCAUCCUUCAUGACAAAGACCGUGCAGUAUCAAAAUGAGCUUCACAAAUUUCUCAUCUGGGACACUGCAGGGCAAGAGAGAUUCCGUGCGUUGGCGCCAAUGUACUACAGAGGCUCUGCGGCAGCCAUCAUUGUUUAUGACAUCACUAAAGAGGACUCGUUCCAGACGUUAAAGAACUGGGUGAAGGAGCUUCGUCAGCACGGCCCGCCCAACAUCGUGGUAGCCAUCGCUGGCAACAAGUGUGACCUAUCCGAUGCCAGGGAGGUCUCGGAGAAGGAUGCCAAGGACUACGCCGACUCCAUCCACGCCAUCUUUGUGGAGACCAGCGCCAAGAACGCCAUUAACAUCAAUGAGGUCUUUAUAGAGAUAAGUCAACGGAUCCCUGUCCUAGAUGCAGGGGGAGGGGCUGCAGGGAAUGGCUUCAAACUGCGCCGGCGGCCCUCAGAGACCCGGACCCGGACCUGCUGCUGAUGCUGCCAGUGAUUCCUGACCGUAGUCCCCACAUUCACCCUUGACCCCUGACCCUUCUCUGCUUGCAGCCUCCAUAAUCCCCCCCCCCCCUAACCACAGACCUGCGUCACAGAGACCUGGGAGCUGUAAAUUCCACUCCUCCAUCAGGAAACCCUGAUUACUACCGCCAUUGCGUCCUGCGACUAAUGCUACACUGUAAAGAGAGAGCAGCCGAGCAAAUUACAGUUCACUGGGAUAUAUGACCAUAUCUCAUCGUUCAAUGCGGCUAACUUUGGCUCAGUUAUUGUGAAGCUGUAGCCUUGUGUUGUUAAUGCCUAUCUGGAGCCCAAAAGAUUCAAAUGAAGUCCACAGCCUUUAAAGGCGCUGUAUUUGUCGUGCAGCAUUUACAGUGAUAUGACCUCUGCAGAAGUCAGGGCAUUUUAUUAUUCUUGCUCUUAACCAAGCAGCACAGAGCUGUUGUGAAGGAAGUUGUCAAGGUAGUGAGUUUGUGUUUAUGCAGGACCUCCCGCCCACUCCUACCGUCAACCAAUCAUGUCACUGCGGAGUUAUACGGAGCACUCUGUAUUGUUACAAAAUUUGAGAUGCGCACAGUGAUGUGGUGUGGAGCUGAAUUGUGUCACACCAUCCUGACGGUGAAUCCGACUACAUUUUUGGAUUAAGCAUAAAUUGGAUCUCAGUAUUUAGCCUUUAGGUUCGCCAAGUAGGUCUAUGGCAGCUAUUCUUUAGGUUCGCCAAGUAGGUCUAUGGCAGCUAUUCUUUAGGUUCGCCAAGUAGGUCUAUGGCAGCUAUUCUUUAGGAUCGCCAAGUAGGUCUAUGGCAGCUUUUCUUUAGGAUCGCCAAGUAGGUCUAUGGCAGCUAUUCUUUAGGAUCGCCAAGUAGGUCUAUGGCAGCUAUUCUUUAGGAUCGCCAAAUAGGUCUAUGGCAGCUAUUCUUUAGGAUCGCCAAGUAGGUCUAUGUGUAACGGAUGUGAAACGGCUAGCUUAGUUAGCGGUGUGCGUUAAAUAGCGUUUCAAUCGGUUACAUCACUUGCUCUGAGACCUUGAAGUAGUAGUUCCCCUUGCUCUGCAAGGGCCGCGGCUUUUGUGGAGCGAUGGGUAACGAUGCUUCGAGGGUGACUGUUGUCGUUGUGUGCAGAAGGUCCCUGGUUCGCGCCCGGGUAUGGGCGAGGGGACGGUUUAAAAUUAUACUGUUACAUUGAUGCUGUUGAUCCGGAUUACUGGUUGCUGCGGAAAAAGGAGGAAGGUCAAAAGGGGGGUGAGUGUAACGGAUGUGAAACGGCUAGCUUAGUUAGCGGUGUGCGCUAAAUAGCGUUUCAAUCGGUUACGUCACUUGCUCUGAGACCUUGAAGUAGUAGUUCCCCUUGCUCUGCAAGGGCCGCGGCUUUUGUGGAGCGAUGGGUAACGAUGCUUCGAGGGUGACUGUUGUCGUUGUGCGCAGAAGGUCCCUGGUUCGCGCCCAGGUAUGGGCGAGGGGACGGUUUAAAAGUAUACUGUUACAUAUGGCAGCUAUCCUUUAGGUUCGCCAAGUAGGUCUAUGGCAGCUAUCCUUUAGGUUCGCCAAGUAGGUCUAUGGCCUCUAUCUUUAGGUUUGCCAAGUAGGUCUAUGGCAGCUAUCCUUUAGGAUCGCCAAGUAGGUCUAUGGCAGCUAUCCUUUAGGAUCGCCAAGUAGGUCUAUGGCAGCUAUCCUUUAGGAUCGCCAAGUAGGUCUAUGGCAGCUAUCCUUUAGGAUCGCCAAGUAGGUCUAUGGCAGCUAUCCUUUAGGAUCGCCAAGUAGGUCUAUGGCAGUCUCACCCCCCUCCUUGCUGUGUUCACUUCAUCCUCCCGUUUUCCAGAUCUGUGGCUCGUCCAAGCCUAUGGCACCAGAUUCCUAUGUGGCUCUGGUCAAAAGUAGUGCACCUUAUACAGCGACUGUACAAAACAUUAAGAACACCUUCCUAAUAUUGAGUUGUCAGCCUCGUUUCGUUGGGGCAUGGACUCUACAAGGUGUCGAAGGCGUUCCACAGGGAUACUGAUCCAUGUUGACGCCAUUGCUUUCCACAGUUGUGUCCAUUUGGCUGGAUGUCCUUUGGGUGGUGGACCAUUCUUGAUACACACAGGAAACUGUUGAGCGUGAAAAACCCAGCAGCGUUACAGUUCUUGACACAAACCGGUGCGCCUGGUACCUACUACCAUACCCUGUUCAAGCCACUUCAAUCUUUUCUCUUGCCCAUUCACCCUCUGAAUGGCACACCACAGGAGGUUGGUGGCACCUUAAUUUAAGAAGAACAGGAUCGUGGUGGCCGGAGCGUAAUCAGUGGAAUGGUAUCAUGUACAUUAAACACAUGGUCUCCAGGUCUUUGAUGCCAUUCCAUCUGCUCCGUUCCAGACAUUAUUAUGAGCCGUUCUCCCCUCAGCAGCCUCCACUGUGGCACACAGACAAUACAUGUCUCAAGGCUUAAAAAUCCUUUAACCUGUCUCCUCCCCUUCAUCUACACUGAUUGAAGUGGAUUUAACAGGUGACAUCAAUAAGGGAUCACCUGGUCAUUCUCUGUCAUGGAAAGAGCAGGUAUUCCUAAUGAUUUGUCCACUCAGUUUAGAGAAAUGGGGUACCAUCUGAGAGGAAUCCUACAUCUGUCCUGUCCUUGAAGCUUUUCUGUGUGAAUUGUCCCCGAGUGGUCCAAAGCCACAGCAGUUGCUAUGGUUUCCCCAAGUUGUAAGAGCUCCCCUCCCUGCUUUUUUGUAUAUGUCUUGUAAUACUUCUGAAAAGUUUACACAGAUUUUAUUUCCGUUCUUAUCUUGUAAACCUCUACACGGGUCAUGGCAUCAUUGGAUCUGCAGCAUGCAGUGCUUCUUCUCUUGGAACAACCACAUGAUCUAUUUUCCAACAGGAGACUAAAUGAAUGUUCUACACGAAUGUUCUAUUUGUUAAAUUCUGCUAGUGUAAAAGAAGUCAUUGUUCCAUUUUAUUUUUCUUCCCAAAUUUAAGAAGAAACAUCCCCAACUCUAACUCUUGUGAACCAGGUAGAUGAUCAGUCAGGUGCAUGAUGGUAAGUGUAGUUGUGUAGUCUGUUACAUUUUAAGGACCUUCACACAGUGCUUUGCAGCACAGGGCCACGGCAGGUGUUUGCCAAACCGCUUGAUCCCUAAUGGGGGUAAUGUGUGCUUUUUCUGUCAUAUUGUUUCUCCAUUACAAUUUCAGUGCUCAUCAAUAUCAUUGUGUCUCUCAGUGACUGCUUUAGCCUUGACACUUUGGAGGGAAAAUGUGUUUGAUAAAAGGGAUUUUAACUUGGCUGGUUGAUGGUUACCACCGAAAAGGAGUCAUUUUAUUGCUGUCUUCUACAUUGAGGCCUCGUAUCUUAGAGGCCCAGGCUGUUUGAGUGCUGACAAGACUGGCAGUCAGCAAGUGUGCGGUUAUAACUGCUAACGUUUUCCACUUUAAUAGUUGACAGUUGGGGCGGCAGGGUGGCCUAGUGGUUAGAGCGUUGGACUAGUAACCGGAAGGUUGCAAGUUCAAACCCCCUGAGCUGACAAGGUACAAAUCUGUCGUUCUGCCCCUGAACAGGCAGUUAACCCACUGUUCCUAGGCCGUCAUUGAAAAUUAAGAAUUUGUUCUUAACUGACUUGCCUAGUUAAAUAAAGGUAAAACAUUUUUAUUUUUUUAUUUAGCCAAUCGCUGAAAUUCUGUAAAUGAAUUUCCCUGGAGUGCUUGGAGUAUACUGCCAGCCCUUUUACAAGUGUUUUCAUUGCGUUUCAAUGUUUUUGAAAUGGCAUUUGAACUGUUUGUGUUAGUUGGCAACCCCCGUCCGUCUGCGAUCUCUCACUGUUUUUUUUUGUUAUGACCGUUUUACAGGAGAGUGAUUUUGUGAGGUCCUGCCAAUUCUUUAAUUGUCCCAUAAAUUUUUUUUUUUAAAUCAUCGUUCUUUUCUCAUUCCUUUACAGAAUAAGCACUGGCUCGCACAUCCAACAUAGUUUUACUACCUGGCCAGAGAUAAAAAAAGGACCAUAUCUGGAAACUGGACUUGUUCUAAGAAGAACAAGUCGACAAUCUUUAGAUCUUUCUAAAGAAAAGGUUUCCCGCAGAGAACCAGGCACAGCUUUCCAUUGACAUGCUGACCCGCUGAUGAACCGUGCUCUCUUUUCAAUUCCAAAUGAUGUGCUCUACUCCGGGGACCUGUUUCAUUCGUUCCCCUUGCUUCUUCUUUCUGCUGCUGGCUGCCUUCACUACGCUGUGAAGCAAGCAAUUAAGGAAAUCUUGAAUAUGGUGUGCAUCUGGAACACCUUGUCCAAAAAUACAAAGAGAAGCGAUGAAGGAACACAGCAAUGUGUUCACUCUUAAAUUGCUCCUUUGUGUCGUACAGUAAUGUAAAGUCUCACAUUUUAGUUCCUGACCUAUUGCCAUUUGACAGGCAAUUUAGGGAUAAUGCCUAGCAUAGAGUGAUCCAUGUAGUUGUUCCCCUUUUGAUUUCCUCCUAGUGUCUUUCUCUCUUGCCGAAAACACGUGAAUGGGCCACAUUUAACACCAGUUGAGGACUGGCCAGCCUGCCUCUAGCUGUGGACCGGCCAGCCUGCCUCUAGCUGUGGACCGGCCAGCCUGCCUCUAGCUGUGGACCGGCCAGCCUGCCUCUAGCUGUGGACCGGCCAGCCUGCCUCUAGCUGUGGACCGGCCAGCCUGCCUCUAGCUGUGGACCGGCCAGCCUGCCUCUAGCUGUGGACCGGCCAGCCUGCCUCUAGCUGUGGACCGGCCAGCCUGCCUCUAGCUGUGGACCGGCCAGCCUGCCUCUAGCUGUGGACUGGCCAGCCUGCCGUCUGAAUUGUCUGUCCUUUAUCGUAAUGUGUGCAUUUGUUCACUUCCUUUCAUUUAUUUAAAGGAAAUGACUGGUUUAAGAAAUAUGAUGGAAAAACUCUCUGUAUUCAGUGGACACCAAUCUAACCCAAUGCUUUUAAAUGAGCGGGGAGGAGUACACAAUUGCACCCUGUUUAAGGGAUAGGAGGGAUAAUUGUGUUUCAGGGUGGGUCUCUUGAGGUGAAGUUGUCUUAGAGUCUUUUGUCCUUUCCAUUAUAAUCAGUGCUGAUGGGAAGGUGUGUUAAUAGCAGGGUUGACUGUAAUGUUCUUCAGGAUUUUUUUUUUUUGACAACCAUGUCAGUGCAAUAAUUGUCUUUAUGGCAAGGGUUACUAAAAUGUGCCAAGAAUUUUUAGGUAUUGAGAAGAUCUAGUUUCAAGUUUUAUUGUCACAUGCACAAGUACAGUGAAAUGCUUGACUUGCACGCUCUACCAAACAGUGCAGUAAUCAAUAUCAAAAUAGUAUAACUCAUUUUUUUUGUGUGUGUAUAUAUAUAUAUGUGUGUGUGUAUAUACUGAACAAAAAAUAUAAACGCAAUGAUUUUACUGAGUUACAGUUCAUAAGGAAAUCAGUCAAUUGAAAUAAAUGUAUUAGGCCCUAAUCUAUGGAUUUCACAUAACUGCUUAGGGACACAGCCAUGUGUGAGCUUGGGAGGGCAUUGGCCCACCCACUUGGGAACCAGAUCCAGCCAAUCGGAAUGAGUUUCUUUUUCCCCACAAAAGUGCUUUAUUGCACACAGCAAUACUCCUCAGUCGAUCCCACACGUGAAGAAGCCGGAUGUGGAGUACCUGGGCUGACGUGGUAACACGUGGUCUGUGGUUGUGAGGCCGGUUGGACGUACUGCCAAAUUCUCUAAAAUGGAGGCGGCAUAUGGUACUGAAAUUAACAUUAAAUUCUCUGGCAACAGCUCUGGUGUAUAUCCCCGCAAUCAGCAUGCCAAUUGCAAGCUCCCUCAAUUUGAGACAUCUGUGGCAUUGUGUUUUGACAAAACUGCACAUUUUAGUGGCCUUUUGUCCCCAGAACAAGUUGCACUUGUGCAAUGAUAAUGCUGUUUAAUCAGCUUCUUGAUAUGCACACCUGUCAGGUGGAUGGAUUAUUUUAGUAAAUGAGAAAUGCUCACUAACCGGAAUGUAGACAAAUUUCUGCAUAAAAUUUGAGAUACACACUAAAAGUUUAGAAUGGAAAAUCUGGGAUCUUUUAUUUCAGCCCAUGAAACAUGGGACCAACACUUUACAUGUUACGUUUAUAUUUUUGUUUAGUGUAAUUAAGAAACCACAUGGCCAGGGGCUGAUGAGUCUGUUUGUCUGAGCCUUGAUACACCAGUAUCUUCUACUAAGUCACCGCCUGGCAUGUAUGUCCUGGAUGGCUGGGAGCUCACCCACAAUGAUGAGGUGGAACUGUCCGUACCACCCUCUGUGGGGCCUUCCGGUCGAGGGCGUUGUAAUUGCUAUAUCAGACAGUGAUACCACCAGUCAGGAUGUUCUCGGUGGUGUAGCUGUAAAAGUUCCUAAGGAUCUGAUGGGCCAUGCCAAAUCAUUUCAGCAUCCAGAGGGAGAAGAGGCACUGCCGUGCCGCCUUUACGACUAUGCUGUUGUAGGAGGACAAUGAUGAGUCUUCAGUGAUGUAGACACAGAAGAACUUGAAGCUCUUGACCCUCUUCACUGCAGCCCCGUUGGAGGGGCCCCUCUUUCCUCAAUUCCAGGAUCAGCUCAUUGGUCUUGUUGACAUUUAGGGAGAGGUUGUUGUGCUGACCUCUUCACUGUAGGGUUUCCCAAAUGCGGUCCUCGGGACCCCAAGGGGUCAGGUUUUUAGUUUUUUUGCCCUAGCACUGCAUAGCUGAUUAGUUGAUUAUUUUAAUAAUCAAGUUUUGAUCAUUUCAAUCAGCUGUGUAGUGUUAGGGAAAAAAACAGAAUGUACACCCCUUGGGGUCUCGAGGACCGAGUUUGGGAAUCGCUGCUGUAGGCUGUCUCAUAGUCAUUGGUGAUCAGGCAGACCACCGUCGUGUCGUUAGCAAACUUGAUGAUGGAGUUUGAGGCGAGCUAUGAGUACAGGAGGGGGCUAAGCACACACAGUUUGGGGGGCCCCUGUGUUGAGGGUCAGCUUGUUUACUGUGUUGUUGCCUACCCUCACCACCUGAUGUCGGUCUGUCAGGAAGUCCAGGAUCCAGUUGCAUAGGGAGGUGUUCAGUCCCAGGGUCCUGAGCUUGUUGAUGAGCUAUAAUAUGCUUACAUGUUACUUUUAGUGAUUGAUUAAGUUUUGAGCUUCUGAUCAUCAAUUAUUCAAAAGGCCUUUAAAAAUACAAUGUUUUUAUGGUUGUGGCGUUUUUAAGUGUUCCUCAAUGAUUUCCACUUGAAAUGAUAUCGUAGUUAGCCAGGACAGUGCAUUUAUUAAAAAGGGAAAUGUAUUUCUGGUACUUUACAACUGCACUUUCAGAUGAAAUAUUUGUGUACCUUACCUUUUUAGGUAUAUUAUUGCUGAUUUAUUUUGCUGACAUUUUUCUGCAGCAAACCUAUCUGAAAAAAUAUUAACCAGACAAGUCCCAAUACGUCUUGUACUGUCUGUUUGAGUAAAUCAUUUUCUUUUUUUUUCAUAGCCUUUGUAAUGGCAUUGCAUCAUAUGCCUUUUGUAUUCCAGCAAUCAUUAUUUUACAGUGACUUUUUAUUUUGCUCUCUAUCGUUGUAGAAGAUGAGGCAGCUUCUUCUCUGUGACAUUUUAAAAUGUUAUUUCAAUAACACACAUCACAAUUGCAUUGCUCACAUUUGUUCUAAUGCUUAACAGUUGGAAAUGUAGAUAUUUGUAACAUCAAUAACAGUGUAAUGUCUAGGUGUACUCAUUUAUGUCUGGUGUGUGAAAAGAUAAAGUUACUGAAUUUGACAUAUUUGGCAUUGGAGUGCUAAGGGCCUAUCAUAGAAAGACAACCAGUUGCAUUAAUAAUUUUUGGGGAAAAAUACCAACAGUCUUAGGCUGGUCCUGAGAGAUUUUUCAGCAACAUAUUAUGUGAAUUGUCUUAUUCGAUGUAGAUGCCACCAAACAUGCACACAAAUCAAUGACUAUUUAGCCUGUAAGAUUGAAUAUAAUGUAUGUUACAUUGUCGGAGAUGCAAGACCAGGCAUAGAUCUACACAUGUAUAGUAACUCCACCACUACUUUGACAUAUUUAGCUUUCAUACUUGUCAUAAUGACUGUAAACAAUAACCACAAAAAAAAAGAGUCUGAAACAUGUUAGCAUUGUUUUGUUGAAUGUCUAAAAGGGAAUUGUCAAGCAGUUUACUAAUAAAUACAAACAUAUUGAAGGAA